AAAUAAAUGAAGGACAAAAUAAAAUAUGUAGAGUAACAAGCAAAAUUCAGAAAAGCCUAAACAGAAUUGAGAGAAAAUGGAUUGGAAAAUACACCAACAACUACAAAGCGUGAAAUUAUGAGAGCCUUAGAAAAAGAAAUGGAUGAUCAUGAAUUAAUGAUCUUCAAAAGAAAUUAGCCAGAAUGAA